AUGGGGAAAGACAUGUGGAUUCCAGCAGAUUUCGGUCGUCCAGCUACUAGAAGAAGGGAACCCGGUAUCAAAUCCAGGUUCCUGCGCGACGAAUCUGAGAAGAAGAUCCCAACUCCUUGUUCGAAUUGCUUAGGAUUCCCCUUCAAAGUCGAAGGCUCUAUGGGUUGGGCUGGCAACCAACCGUGCGUUUACGGACCCGAAGAGGGAUGCACCCGCCAUAAUCCAGAGAGGAUGGCAAUCGCCUGGAACAAGCGGGUUCCCUCGAACAAGAAGAAGCCCGGAAUUAUCGAAAGAUUCCGUGGGCCGCCUAAGGUUCCCGAAUACGAUGAAGUACAGCGAAGCACCCGUAUAUGGUCUUCACUCCACCUGGAUCAUGCCACCGCAGAUCCGCUUGAUCCUAUUCACGCUUCCAUCCGCUACGCUCUGGCAUAUUAUCAUCUCGACUGGGUUCGAACUGCAGGGUCGCCCGACUUGCAGAAGGCAAGAGCGAAUUCCCUGGCGUGCAACGGAACCGUGCUCGGAGAUGGAAAACGGCGUCCCGACUUCGAGUUUUGGACCAACCCGUACUGGUAUAACGAGUCUUUUCUUGUCCAGCAAGUCAUCCGAUUCACUAUUCAACCAAAGAAGCGAAAUCCUUUACUCGGAAAGGAAACCGUCUACCUGGAGUACCCCCGAGACGAGUGGACGUUCCAGCCUUGCCCGCACAUCCAACACUGCUUCGGAAGAUACCAGUUUGUUGAAACACGAGGGCUCGUGAAGGCAAACGUGACGUACAGAACUAAGAAACAGAACGGCGUGAUUGAGUUGGAGAGCAAGUCGAGAACCCAGUGGGAGAGCACGAAUGGCCCUCUCUGCCACGCAACCAACUGCCAACGCUGCUGCACGGAUAACUGGAUGCAUAUAAGUCUGAUCGAAGAUAAGAUCGUGGUCCACAUGUAUGUGUGGAAAGAUCUCGGAAACGCACUCAAUGCAUACGAUAAGAAGUGGAUAGCGGCGUUGAGACCAGAUGGCCCAAGGUGGAGGCGUUCUAAGGACGAGGCCAACAGCAAUGGGAUUCGGACUAUCGUCCUAGCGGCGGUAAAUGCGUCAAAGGGUGUCCGGGACUCUUCAGCGUAG